CCCGCAAGGGGCUCCAAGCGGGCCCUGAUACCGCGGGACUGAGGCGCAGACGUCUGGGGUUAUUAUGUGGAUUUUCCGAAGACCGGGGUUCGCGGCUCGAGACCGAAGAAAAGGCUGGCUCCUCAAGGCUCCGGCCGUCAUUUGAUACCCAGAACCCCCCUUCCAGCCUCACCCCCCACCCCUCCGAGGAUUGCCCCAACUGCCUUGGACCAGCGACUUCCCAGUCCUCUCUCAUUCCGCGUUUUCCCAAGAAAAUAGUUUCCUUUCACAGCUCUGGUCUUUUACUGCCAUCCGUACAUUCUUGCCCCUGGCAAAGACAUCCGCCUCUCCAUUCAAAGCAUGCUUUCUGUUUUGUCAAAGAUGACCUGUAAUUGAACGUUUAUUUCUGGUUUUGGAUGAAUCUGUGGAGCUUACGUUGCAAGAAGAAAGGGGGAACAACGAGACACAAUGAAAGAGAAGUCCAAAAAUGCUGCCCGGACUAGAAGGGAGAAGGAAAACAGUGAAUUUUAUGAACUGGCUAAAUUACUGCCUUUGCCCUCGGCUAUCACCUCGCAGCUGGACAAAGCAUCCAUAAUCAGACUCACCACCAGCUAUCUCAAAAUGAGAGUGGUGUUCCCAGAAGGGCUCGGCGAGGCAUGGGGACAUUCGAGUCGCACCAGCCCCCUGGACAACGUGGGCAGAGAGCUGGGCUCCCACCUGCUGCAGACCCUGGACGGCUUCAUCUUUGUGGUGGCCCCCGAUGGGAAAAUCAUGUACAUCUCCGAGACAGCCUCCGUCCACCUGGGUCUUUCUCAGGUUGAGCUGACUGGGAACAGUAUUUACGAAUACAUCCACCCGGCUGACCACGAUGAGAUGACUGCCGUGCUCACAGCCCAUCAGCCCUACCACUCCCACUUUGUGCAGGAGUACGAGAUCGAGCGCUCCUUUUUCCUGAGGAUGAAGUGUGUAUUGGCGAAGAGGAAUGCGGGCCUUACCUGCGGUGGCUACAAGGUCAUUCACUGCAGCGGCUACCUGAAGAUCCGCCAGUACAGCCUGGACAUGUCCCCAUUCGACGGCUGCUACCAGAACGUGGGUUUGGUGGCCGUGGGCCACUCCCUGCCGCCCAGCGCUGUCACAGAGAUCAAGCUGCACAGCAACAUGUUCAUGUUCCGCGCCAGCCUGGACAUGAAGCUCAUCUUCCUGGACUCCAGGGUGGCAGAGUUGACGGGAUAUGAGCCGCAGGACCUGAUCGAAAAGACCCUGUACCACCACGUGCACGGCUGCGAUACCUUCCACCUGCGCUGUGCGCACCACUUGCUGCUGGUGAAGGGGCAGGUGACCACCAAGUACUACAGGUUCCUGGCGAAGCACGGAGGCUGGGUGUGGGUGCAGAGCUACGCGACCAUCGUGCACAACAGCCGCUCCUCCAGGCCGCACUGCAUCGUCAGCGUCAACUACGUCCUCACAGACACGGAGUACAAAGGGCUGCAGCUGUCCCUGGAUCAGAUCUCAGUCUCCAAACCAGCCUUUUCCUAUGCCAACAGCUCUACCCCGACCCUGACGGACACCAGGAAGGGGACCAAGUCCCGGCUCUCCAGUUCAAAGUCAAAAUCCAGGACUUCCCCAUACCCUCAGUAUUCAGGAUUUCACACGGAGAGAUCUGAAUCUGAUCACGACAGUCAGUGGGGCGGCAGCCCGCUGACAGACACAGCCUCUCCGCAGCUCCUGGACCCGGCAGACAGGCCGGGCUCCCAACACGAUGCGUCCUGCGCGUACAGACAGUUCUCAGACCGCAGCUCACUCUGCUAUGGAUUCGCGCUCGACCAUUCCAGGCUCGUAGAAGAGAGGCACUGCCAUACCCAGGCCUGUGAAGGAGGCCGAUGCGAGGCAGGCAGGUACUUCCUGGGAACUCCGCAGGCCGGGAGGGAGCCUUGGUGGGGCUCUCGGGCAGCCUUGCCCCUAACCAAGGCCUCCCCAGAAAGCAGAGAAGCCUACGAAAACAGCAUGCCGCACAUCGCCUCCGUCCACCGGAUCCACGGGCGAGGUCAUUGGGAUGAAGAUAGUGCGGUGAGUUCUCCAGACCCCGGAUCUGCUAGCGAGUCAGGUGACCAAUAUCGCACGGAGCCCUAUAGUAGCCCACAUGAACCCAGCAAAAUCGAAACGCUGAUUAGAGCCACCCAGCAGAUGAUUAAAGAAGAAGAGAACAGACUGCAGCUAAGGAAAGCACCCCCAGACCAAUUGGCUUCCCUUAAUGGAGCUGGGAAAAAACACCCCCUUUGUUUUGCAAACUACCCACAGCCUCUGCCGACAGGCGAGGUCUGCCACGGCUCAGCUGCGGCCAAUACUUCACCGUGCGACCACAUCCAACAGGGAGAGGGGAAGAUGCUGAGUCCCCAUGAAAACGACUAUGACAACAGUCCCACUGCACUGUCCCGGAUAAGUAGCCCCAAUUCGGAUCGCAUUUCAAAAUCCAGCUUGAUCCUCGCUAAAGACUACCUACAUUCGGGCAUCUCUCCUCAUCAGACAGCAGGAGACCAUCCUGCCAGCUCUCCAAACUGCUUUGGCUCUCACCGGCAGUAUUUUGAUAAGCAUGCUUACACAUUAACUGGGUAUGCUCUAGAGCACUUAUAUGACAGCGAAACCAUUAGAAACUAUUCCUUGGGCUGUAACGGCUCACACUUUGAUGUCACUUCCCAUCUAAGGAUGCAGCCAGACCCCUCACAAGGACACAAGGGAACAUCUGUUAUAAUAACCAAUGGAAGCUGAUGUUUUUCUAAAAUAUUGUGUUCUUUACGGAUCUCGGAAGCAUAUUUAUGUUUGAAUGCCCCAUUAUCAGCAUUUCCUAUGCCACAGCUUAGUAGUGAGGAUAACUUAAGUUCCUGGGUUGUUGACAUGUGUUCCUGUAAAAACAAAGAAAGCGUAGCACUCACAUGUAGAGUUAAACACAGAUAAUGAGCGAAAGUGGCUUCACACACUGCCCCUCUCGCUACGUGCGAACCGGACACGAAGACUGCACUGAGAAACCCUUACGUAGAUCGGUGGUCCGGACCCCAUGAAAAGACUGAUAGAUGCCAACAUUGCAUUGUGAUGAUCCCAUAGCAUCACACACCCAAACUGCUGCUCACCACUGCCGUGUACACAGGUAGGAAUUAGAAUCUGGGUCACAAAUUACACCAAAAAGGUGUGACUUUUCUCAACCCUAGCCUAUUAAGCUUCUAAAUGCUACAAGAGAUGUCUAUUCCCACAAUAACUGAGAAAGAAAGAGGGAGAGAGAGACACAUUUUGCGGACUGGUUUCUUUGUGACUGUGACUCGGUGGGGACACUUGGCUCAGGCAUAAAUUAGGGGGAUGGCCCUGUGUACGGGACACCAGUGAGUUUUCACCAUAUCAAUCAUAAGCAAUCAGGAAGGGAUGAUUUUUCACCCGACAUUUAGAGUCAGUCUGACAAGGAGCAGGACGGCACUGACUUCGCAGUUGGGAGUUGUGCUCAGGAGAAGCACGGAGACGCUGGCACCCACACUGAGAGUAGCGUAGCGAAGGUGCAAAGACCAGAGGCAGAGAGAAAUGAAACCGUAUCUAAAAACAAACAAUUUAAAACUCCAAAUGGGUUUGCCACAUAGUAAUAAUCAACACACUUGGGGCUUUACCCACCAAACACAAAAUUCAAGCCAAUUAACUAAGGAAAAAAGGCUGAUAAUAUGAAAAAUCACCGAGGAAACCCAGGAAAGCGCCACGUGACAACAAUGUAAGUGUGUGGAAACACUUCAGCACACAGCCGUGCAAAGGUGGCAGGGCGUGGGAGCCUCGGCGGAGAGUCAGGAGGAAGAGGACAGUGAAGGAGGCUGUCACAGGGCUGUGUCCCUGUUGCCGGUAACCAAACACAGACACCUGGGAUAACAGCGAGACCAGCCGAGGACAUGCCAAGAUCUCUGGGCUCUUGUGCUGACCCGGGCCAUCGGCAGAUUAUAUAGUGUGCCUCCCUUUUCACAUCUACAUGGUGUUUCCUGAUCGGUCAGGGAGCUCCAAGAUCCUGUGGUUUGUUGGUAGAGUAGUGAAUGCUCCGCGGUGAGUGGUCAAGGCUGACCCUGCAUUCACACGGAGGUAGAAAAGCCUUGUAACUCAAGCAAGGGCAGGGGCCUUUUUCCUUCCUCUCUCUCUCCAGCAUGUGUUUCUGUGGUCAACUUUCCAGAUUCAGCCAAAAUGUAGACGGCAGAAACUGAUGAGGGAGAGGAAAACUCAGUAAGAUUUUUGUAAUACACUCUUCUCUGGUAGUCAAAACCAAAUGACCUAAAUGUUGAAAGACCUUUCCCAGAAGUCUCACCCCUGGAAUCCUGCCAUAGUCCAGUAGCAGGCAGGGGGUACUGAAAGAACUUGACUUACAAUUUUGAAAUCCGAACAGGACAUGAGCCACUCAGGGAUUAGUACUAAGUUCUCACCAGUGAGCACAGGGACGUGACAGUCUAUAUGUAGGUAGGUGACAAUCUGCAGGAUGAUAAUCUCAGCGAGGCGCCUCAGAGCAGUAAGCCCGGCCUGGGUAUGACAGAGCGACAUUUGUGUUGUAAACGCAACAGCACAAGUAACUGAGAAAGUGAGGGGUUCUAAUGUGUACUUUCAAAAAAGCUCAAGGACAAUGAAAGUCAAAUUCUGAAUUAUAAAAGUAAACUCUCCCGUCCUUUUAAGAAAACUUUCCUGAGAAGCCCCAAAUGGAUUUUUGAUUAAUUUGCCACACGAAGUAAGAUUUUAGGAAUGCGAAAGUUUUUGUUUAGAAUUGUGUAGAUGGAUAAAUGGGCCCAGGGCACAAAUGUCUGAAAGCAAUGAUGUGUUCGGGAAGGAAACCCAUGUAAAUGGGCUUGACUGAUGGGUGUGCAUUAUUCGAAAUAGCUCAAGGACAGAUGCUAGAAGAGAGAUGGAAACUUGAGAACCAAGGAAAAUUAACUGAUAACGGAAAAAAACAGACUUCGCUAAAGGAAUGUCAGUGGAAUUUUUAUAUGUAAGAAGUUAAUUGGUGUAAGAAAUAAACUCUGAGCUCCAUGAAGAGAGGUUACUGGGAGGAACAGUGCUCCUUUAAAUGGUAUGAGUAGUACUUUGAACAGAAGACAGAAUUAACUAAAUCACAUUUUGAUUAAAUCGACCCAGUUUUAAUAUAUAGCCGUCCAUUUGAUUUACUCAGUGCCAAUCAUUUUAUAGAAUCAGCUUUGCUACAUUACAUACGAUGCCUUAAAGGCCCACUGUAUGAUAUACUUUACUUUUCAAUAUGGCAUUCUUACUGCAAAAUGACCAUAGUCAGUUAAGGCAUUUAUGAAAAGGUACCUUCAUAAUAUAUAUAUACACAUGGAUAUGUUAAAAUUAACUUAUAGCCUAAAUUAUUCCUCCAAAUGCAGAGAUAUCAUUUCUGUCUUUCUUGAAUACACAUCCCUGCCAUCCAACUCGCAGGGCAGAGUGAGAACCGCUCCUCUGGUUCCCAAACGCAAUCUCCGCCGAAGCCCACCUCUGCCGCCGAGCAGCGAGGGCUUCGCACCUGGCAUCAGCAGCCCAACCAGGCGGAACUCAAGGUACCGCAGAGGCCCCGCCCUUAUUUUACACCGGAUAUGAAAUAAAGGUGCCCAAGAGCUUAAUCAGCUAAAGUUAAAUUGGUUUCAGUUCUAAUCUUGGAGUUUUAGAACUUCGCUAAAUGCGGAGCACCAUGACACUUAUUUGAAACAAUAAUUUUUAUAUCCUCUAGAGCAGCGGUUCUCA